CGAACCCCGCUCUUCUUCGCUGCACCGCUUUAACAUCCACCAAACGCCACAAACCCCAAUCCUCGCGUGUUAAUUUACUCUGCAGAAUGACGCCCACAAGCAACAAACCCUCCAAGGACCUCUUUCGCAUACUCGUCUUCAGCAAGACGUCUGACUACCGCCACAAUUCCAUCUCCGCCGCCGUCUCGGCUCUGAAAUCCCUCGGCGCCCGUUCGGGGCUCUUCACCGUUGACGCAAGCGAGGACGCCGAGGCCUGCAUCACCCCGCGGUCCCUCGCCACGUAUCGCACAAUCGUCUUCCUCCAUUGCACGGGGCCCUUUCUGAACGCCGAUCAGAUCGGCGUGCUGAGGGGCUACGUGCAGUCCGGCGGCGGCUUCGUCGGCGUGCACGCUGCCGCUGCUGGCCUUCUGGAGGAUGACUGGUACGGCAGGCUCAUCGGCGCGCACUUCGACCACCACCCGCCCCCCGAGGAGGCGACGUGCGUGGUUGAGGACCCGGGGCAUUUCGUUAUGAGGCGGGGCCUCGACCCCGGAAAAACGUUGGCGGGAACGGCCGAUGUGACCCGGAAACGGUGGACCGACGAGUGGUACAACUUCCGGUCGCACCCCAGGGAGAACGAGAAUCUCCAUAUCCUGGUCCGGGGGGACCCGUCGACCUUUGAGGGUGGCGCCAUGGGUGACGAUCACCCACUUGCAUGGUGCCAGGAAUUCGAUGGCGGACGAUCGUUCUACUCGGCCCUGGGCCAUUACGAGAAGGCCUAUGAGGAUGAAUGGUUCAUGGACACGAUUUCCAAUGCUAUUGUAUGGACUGCUCGUCGCGAGGAUGACGUACGACCGAAAUCGCCAUCAUCCUCUGCCUCUGUACGAGAAGUGUUGGAUAGACACCGAGAACAUGGAUCAUAAUGAUAAGUGAGACAAAGAGCCUGAUGGGUAUCUAAACGGCGACGCCGUGAAUUGACUUAGGAAAAAAAAUGAUAUAAAUA